GAGAGGUUUCAUGCAGUUGGUCAGAAACAAAAAAGAUGUGGACUAUUACGAAUUUUUGGAAUUGGCGCAACGAUUGUGGCAACGUGGAGAUGAUGAAAUGUUUCAGCUUGCUUUGGGACUAGCAUUCGUCGCCGGCAAGGGAAACAGAAACCAAGAGCCCAAACCGGAAAACCUUGAAGAAACGGUGGCUAAAACGACUAUUCCGAAUAUUGGAUUCUCAGUCGACACGGCGAAAAAAUGCGACGCUAACUUGGUUCUUCCGAGUCAACGUUACUUCAAAAUUUCGGAAGCCUUAAAGCCAGGAGAAAUCGGAGGAGCCACGUCUUCAAAAUUCGUCAGCCACACUAGAAAAUUGGCUAGAAAUUUCGAUAAAAUAGAUAAAGUGGACGACUUGAUGAUUUGCUAUGCGGCUACUUCAUCAUCGACAUCGAAAAAAUACAAUGUGAUCAACGAUCAAUUCGUCAUCAAACUCGCCGAUUUCUUCAUUCAUGGAUUCGGCCAAAAACCAACGGGAGAUCGAAGAGAAUUCGUCGUCGAGAAGCCCGUAUCAAGCGAUCGAAGGAGGUUCACUAUGAUGCAGCAGAGCAACAACAAAUUAUGA